CACCAGUUUCAGCUGGGAAAAUACACUCUAACUGAUGUCAGGAUUAGAGAGUGAAUUAAGAAGACUGAGAUAAACAAGAACUAAAGGCCAGACGUUAUGCAGUCCUAAAUGGAGAAGAAACAGAUGAGACACAGAAUAUGGAACAAAACAGGAACUAAAAUGCCAAAGUUCCCCAGUAUUAGGACAUGCUCUGAAUGGAUCAGCUCACCAGCUCCAUCCACACCAUAUGGAAAAGUUUCCCAAGGAACAUAAUCACAAAUUUCUCCAAUGCACCUGUUAUUGUUAAUGAAUUUGACUCCUUUUCAAAUCACUGCUGAAGGAGCUGUGAGCAGACAGGUCACUGAACACAUGGUUUCUGGAACAUCCCACAACUACAACAUCGCCUGAAAAGUACCUUAAUCACAACUUCAGACUGUCUGCCUGCUGCAUAUUUGCAAAUUGACACUGCACCAAAUCACAUGCUCAGUGUAGCUCUGGAUGGUUAAUCAGCCAGAUUUUCAAAGCUACUUAGGUGCCUAAAGAUGCAGAUAAGUGUCUAGUGAGAUUUUUCAAAAGUGCCUCAGUCAUUACCUCUCAUUGAAACCAAUGGGAGUUAGGUGCCUCUCCAUCUUAGGGUGUUUUUGAAAACCCCACUUGGCACCUAAAUCCGCCAUUGAGGCAUCAUUAACAUUUUCAAAGCUGCUGCCUAAUCCCCUAGGCAGCAAAGUUUCAGCUGGCCUGCAGUUGCAAACCUGCCUAAGCCCUGAUACCGCCCUACAGCUAGCAAACUGCUUGGAGAGCUGGAGGCAGGCUAGCGCCAGGUGGAGGUGCAGCAGAGCACCCCCACAAAAGACACCCAGGGGAAUGGAGGGUGAGAGUGAGAGAAUUAGCCAGCAUGAUCAAGUGAAAGAGAGAGAGAGAGGAUUUUGGCAGCUAGGGCAAGGGCUGGCCUAAGUGUCUAACUCUAGGAGGGGGUAUAUAGCUGAGGCUCCAGAGUGAAGAGAGGCACCUUUCUUUGGCCUGUCAGCCAGACACCCCAGUCAGCCAUUUAAGAACUUGCUUCCAGGCUCAGCGUUUGAUCUACUCUUGGGUUUGAGCUCUUAGCCAGCAUGCCUGCCGAUUACAAUGGGACGUGGGAAAUGGAAUCCAAUGAAAACUUCGACGGUUACAUGGUUGCCUUAGGCAUUGAUUUUGCCACUCGUAAGAUUGCAGGACACUUGAAACAAACGAAGGAAAUUAUUCAAGAUGGAGACAAUUUUAAGACAAAAACACUGAGCACUUUGAGAAACUAUGAACUGAAUUACACUGUGGGAGUGGCGUUUGAAGAACACACCAAGGGGCUUGACAACCGAGUUGUUCAGACACUAGUGAAUUGGGAUGGUGAUAAAUUAGUAUGUGUCCAGAAGGGGGAGAAGGAAAACAGAGGCUGGACACACUGGAUUGAAGGAGAUAGACUGCAUUUGGAGCUGACAUGUGAAGACCAGGUGUGCCAUCAAGUAUUUAAGAAGAAAAAGUAAGCAGACCAGAAAGUCCAACUGGUUUCACAUGUGCUAUUAUGUUAUUUUUUUUUAAUCUAUGUAAUGACUGCUUGACACUGACAUGUAAGUGCAUUUCUGUGCACUGUUAUCUAAGACAAACACAUCCU